AUGGGAUACCCUCGCCUCGAGCUUGAAAGACCUCUCAAAGGCCUCGGACAAGAGAUGGGCAGAUCAGAAUACCACAACAUCAUGGUCGACAUGUUGCCAAAGGUCUCACGUGACGAGCAUAUCCCCGCUUCAGGUCAGGAUAUCCCAAUCAGAGGCGACGAUGACACCUCUUCUUGGCCACGGACAACGAUGAUGGACAACGGAGCAGCAAGAGACGGCGCUGUCUCGAGCGGAUACCCCACCGACAUCAUGCCGUCACCACGAAGACUGCCUUGGUAG